CUUUCAUCACACUCACUCGGGCGCACGAGCGGAGCGCAUCUCCUGUACUCACCGCGGGAUUUAUCCUCUUCAAGACUACGCAUAUUUUGUGGAUUUAUUAUUGCUUUGGGUUCUUCACAUAAAUGUAGAACAAAAAAACCCCAAUAAACAUCGUGUUUUUUUUGCGCGCGUGCAUGUCCAGCGGCUCUUAUUGCACUUUGACACUAAGAAGACUACGGAGUUGGACUUCAGCCUAGAAGACUCUGGAGGACAAAAUGCCUCAAACGCCACCAUUUCCAGCGAUGUUUGGGUCCAGUGGCUACAACAACAACCUCUACCAGACAAAAGAGGAGGACUACAGCGGCUUAUAUUACCAUGACAACAACCUGGUGUCAGGGUCUCUGGAGGCCCUCAUUCAGCACUUAGUCCCCACUGUGGCUUACUAUCCUGAUAGGACGUACAUCUUCACAUUCUUGCUCAGUUCCCGUCUUUUCAUUCAUCCACAUGAGCUCAUGUCUAAAGUCUGCCACUUGUGCACAGACCAUCAGAAGCUCAGUGAUCCAUCAGCAGACAAGAUGAGAAUCAGAAAACUCGCUCCCAAGGUCUUGCAGUUGCUGACAGAGUGGACAGAGACGUUUUCUUAUGAUUUCCGGGAUGAAAAGAUGAUGCGGAACUUAAAAGAAUUAACGCAUCGGUUGAGCACGGGAGAUGAGGUCUAUCGUAAAGCAGUGCAUCAGAUGAUACAAACCCUGAUCCGUAAACUCACUACACACAGUCAGUACGAAGAAAACUUGGCCAAGAUCAACUCCACAGUGCCAGACAGACUAACGGUUUUGAAAACCAAACCUCAGUCUAUCCAGAGAGACAUCCUGACCAUCUGCAGUGACACUUUCACUCUGGCUCAACAGCUAACACAUAUUGAGUUGGAGCGACUGAGUUACAUAGGACCUGAGGAAUUUGUCCAGGCGUUUGUUCAGAAAGACUCUCUUGACAAUGAAAAGAGUUGUUUUAGUGAUCGCAAGAAAGCCAGCAACCUGGAGGCAUAUGUGGAGUGGUUCAACAGGCUGAGCUACCUGGUAGCCACUGAGAUCUGUAUGCCUGUGAAGAAAAAGCACAGAGCUCGCGUCAUCGAGUUCUUCAUUGACGUGGCAAGGGAAUGCUUCAAUAUCGGCAACUUCAACUCUCUCAUGGCCAUCAUUUCUGGCAUGAAUAUGAGUCCAGUAUCCCGGCUAAAAAAGACCUGGGCCAAGGUCAAAACGGCCAAGUUUGAUAUUCUGGAGCACCAGAUGGACCCGUCCAGCAACUUCUACAACUACAGAACAGCGUUACGCGGAGCCACGCAAAGAUCUAUAACUGCACAUACCAGCAGAGAAAAGAUUGUCAUUCCGUUCUUCAGCCUCUUGAUCAAGGACAUAAUCUUCCUCAACGAAGGAUGUGCUAACCGCCUCCCAAACGGACACAUCAAUUAUGAGAAAUUCUGGGAGCUGGCCAAGCAGGUGAACGAGUUCAUGACCUGGAAGAAAGUGGAAUGUCCGUUUGAGAAGGACCGCAAGAUUCUGCAGUACGUCCUCACCGCGCCCAUCUUUAGCGAGGAUGCUUUGUAUCAGGCAUCCUACGAGAGUGAGGGACCGGAGAACAACAUGGAGAAGGACAGAUGGAAAUCUCUUAGGUCCUCUCUGCUGAACAGGAUGUAGUUCUACUGAAGAACAAAAGUCCAAGUCAGUGACGUUAAGCUUCUUCUAGCCAGCUGCAUCCCCAUUUUGUCACCUCAAGAAGUGAGAAGUAGCCCUGAUUAUUAAGGGAAACGACAAUCACUACUUUUGGAAGUGUUUUUGUGUCUGUGAUGGAGACCUGGAUAUCACUUUGUAAAGAUGACCACUUAUUGUACCUUUAAAAAGACUCCUGGAAAAAUACAUGCUGAGUUCUUGAUAUCUCGUGGAUGCGACUCAUGAUGCAUUUUCCACUGUCUCGGAUGAUUUUGAUGUCUUGGGAGUUUGCUGCUGGUUGGCCAACUCUGUGAACUGAAAACAAAAGAAGACAAAUAUCAAAACCAGCAUUGUGUGUACUUUGUACCAGUUCUGUAUAUUGAUAGUAUACGAUAUUUAAGUACUUUCUUUUUAUUUUUUGUUGUAUUUGUUGAUGUUCUUUUGUUUUUAUACCCAAGGUAUUUGUAAUAUGUUUUUCUCACGUGUGUGAGUGAACGCCAAGUGUGGCCCGAGAGCGGCUCAUCACGGUCUGCCGAAUGCACUGGGUGCGUUCCAGAAUAAAAAAGUGCUUUUCUGUUGUGUUAUAUAACAUUCGUAUUACCGUUUAUGUGGGCUUUGCCCUGUUCAUAUGGAUUGAUGAAGGAGAUACAAACACAUACAUUCCUUAUUAUCAGUGUUACAAAAGGAACACCAUUUUCCACUCAUCCAGCAUAGGAAUAGAGGACUGUAUUCCACUGUAAUACAUUACCAACACGUCCAUCUACCUCCUGUAUACACCAGCUAGUUCUGCUAUUAUGAGGCCCCCUGCUGGUCAUGCAUUGAUACAUGAACACAUGCUACACUACACGCUCGUUACUGUAGGACUCGUUCAGCGGCAUGUUAUUUUACACAAAUGUUUUUCCUCAUCUGCAGAUUUGAUUAUUUUUACCAAUAGAUCGCUCCUGUUUCUUGACCAUGUUGUGUUGUAAUGUUUCCCUUUUAAGUGACUUGUUACAUUUUCUUCUGUGUUCAUUUGUACAUAUCCAUUUUGUAGCUACAAGAUAUUGCUCUAAUAUUUUAUAUUUAUCAACUUUGUAUGAGGCAGGCUCAUGUUCAGGGCGCUGACGUACGACAUGAAGUUAAAGAUGUUAAUAUUGCCUGAUGUCUAGUUUACCAUUCUGUUUAUGGGGAAAUUUUACGAAGCUUUACACAAAUAAAGUGUUUUUCUCUCCUGUGCACACAAGUUAUGCAUUUUCACUGUUUUGAUGGAUAAGAGAACCCCCAUGAAAUUAUUGUAUAGACAAAGAAAGGAUUUCAAUAAAAGAAUCCUUAUGGAAAA